AUGCUCAGAAGAAACUACACUGAAGACGAAUUCGUUCUCUUGGAUCUAACCAGCCGCCCAGAGCUGCGAGUGGCUUUCUUUGUGCUGUUCCUUUGUGUCUACGUGGUCACUGUGGUAGGAAACCUGGGCAUGAUUGUUUUAAUCAAAAUCGAUUCUCGACUUCACACUCCCAUGUACUUUUUUCUCUCUAGUUUAUCCGUUCUAGAUCUGUGUUUCUCCACAAAUGUCACUCCCAAAAUGCUAGAAAAUUUCUUAUCGCAGAAGAAGACCAUUUCGUAUGCAGGCUGCUUGGUGCAGUGCUACAUUGUCAUCGCCGUGGUCCUCACAGAGCACUGCAUGCUGGCGGUCAUGGCGUAUGACCGCUACAUGGCCAUCUGCAAUCCGCUGCUCUACAGUAGCAAGAUGUCCAAGAGCGUCUGUGUCCGCCUGGUCAUUGUGCCUUAUGUGUACGGCUUCCUCCUCAGUGUGAUGGAGACCAUGAGGACCUACAGUCUCUCCUUCUGUGGUGCUAAUGAAAUCAACCAUUUCUAUUGUGCAGACCCUCCUCUGAUCAAACUGGCGUGCUCUGACACCUAUGCCAAACAGCUGUCCAUGUUCAUAGUCGCCGGCUACAGCAACGCCCAGUCCCUCCUAAUCAUUCUCUCGUCCUACAUGUUCAUCCUUGCAGUGAUCCUGAGAAGCCGCUCUGCAGAAGGGAGAAGAAAAGCUUUCUCUACGUGUGGCUCCCACCUGACUGUCGUCACCAUCUUCUAUGGAACCCUCCUCUGCAUGUACCUGAGACGCCCCACGGAGGAGUCGGUGGAGCAGGGGAAGAUGGUGGCCGUGUUUUACACCACUGUGAUCCCCAUGCUGAACCCCAUGAUCUAUGGCCUCAGGAACAAGGAUGUGAAAGAGGCCUUGAGGAAAGCAAUAGGAAAGCAGAAACCAGGGAAAUGA